GGACACCUGUAAGCACACGCGGCGGACUCGGCUCCGCUCGGCUCCCGACGCCAGCGCGCGCUCUAUUCGAUUUCGGAGCUCCGCGAGGCUGCAUCGCGCGCGCGGCCUGUGUGUUUUUGUGUUUUACCUUCUAGCCCAGUUCGAGUGACCCGAGUGAUUGCGUGCCAGUGCUUUUAGACUGUUAUCUGCGUAUCGAAGUACACGAUGUAAGAAUACACGAAGAUCGACGAUGAGGGCGAGCCGGAGAAAAGCGGUCCGGCCCGACUCUGGCUGCAGCGUAUAAGAAAAGAAGAGAGGAGGCGAAUAAUUAUGUGAUUUUUCGGGCCGCGGACGAGCUGAGGAGCGAAAAUAUGCGAGAAAUGCCGUGGAGCGCUUUUGUUCUCGUUUCGCUGCUCCUGCUGCUGCAGCUCGAGGAGGGCACGUGCAUAAAGUGGCUCGCCUUGGGUCGAGCAGCGGACGGUUUCGAAUGGACUCGCGAGGCAUGCACGGGAGCCCGGACUUCGGGUCUGCUCGAGCGCAAACAGGCCAGGGCAUGUCGGGCCACUCCGGACAUCAUGCAGAACCUCGUGCAGGCAGCGAGGGACACGUCGGCCGUCUGCCAGCAGGCUUUCCGACAUCAGCGCUGGAACUGCAGCAGCAUCGAGAAGGCGCCCGAUUUCACGCCUGAGUUGCUGACCGGUACGAAGGAGCAGGCGUUCGUGUACGCGAUGUCGGCGGCCGCGGCGGUUUGGCGACUGGCCCGCGGUUGCGCCCUGGGCAACCUGGCGGCGUGCUCGUGCGCGACUCCACCGAGACGCGAGCCGCCGGCGCCCUCGGCCCUGGUCCAGGCAGCCGCAUCGGGAAGCUUUUCACCGGCCACGAUAGCCUUUGGCCCCGUCUCGACCCGCAACGCCUUCAAGUGGGGCGGCUGCGGAGACGACGUGCGCUCAGCCUCGCGCAUGGCCAAGCGAUUCCUCCAGGGCUCGACGCCCUCCCCCGGCGCUGGUGCCCACGCCAAGUUCCUCCACGCUGUCAACAUGCACAACAAUCGCGCGGGACGCAGGGCAGUGGAGCAAUCGCUGUCGCUGGAGUGCAAGUGCCACGGCGUCUCUGGCUCGUGCAGCGUCAGGACCUGUUGGCGCGGUUUGGGAUCGGGCGGUCCGGCCGCAGCCGGGGCGCGACUACUUCGACGCUACGCGACCGCUGCCGAGGUCAGGCCCACCUCGAGCGGCCGCUUGCCGCCUCUGUACCACCACAACAAUCUGCUCUACACCACCAAGAGCCCGGACUACUGCGUCGAGGACAAGAGGCGAGGCAGCCUUGGUACCGCUGGCAGGCAGUGCAACGGGAGCAGCGCCGGUUACGAAGGCUGCGAGUACCUCUGCUGCGGCAGGGGUCACGUCACGCGAGCCGAAGAGAUCCUCGAGAGAUGCGAGUGCAAGUACUUCAGCUGCUGCUACGUCAAGUGCAAGACCUGCCGAAACGUCAUCAUCACCCACGAAUGCAAUUGAGAGAAUGAGUCUAUAUGUAUGCGCUGUAAUCUCUCGUAUUUCCGAGCGUAGCUGUUCUUUUAGUGGCUGCGAUCGUUUCAGGAGCCAGUAUAUAACGAGGAAGUUUGAUCGUGGAUUCGCGCUGUAUUUCAGUUUUAAACUUGGAUUCAUCAUAAUUUGUGGAUUGAAUAUUACUCAAUAGCUUGUAAUCGAUACUUCAUUAGACAUUUUUCCACGGAAUAGUGUAGAAGAGUAUGAAAAUCGUGGUUAUUCUUUCGUUUGGUAUAAUCUCAGAGAUUAUUAUACACGCUCAUGUACAUUAUACGAUGAAAUGUGCCAUAUUAUUAUUUUUUUUUUUAUUUUCUAAGUUUAAGAUAUACAUAUAGCUAAGAUAAAAUAACAAAAUCUUUAAUAUAAUUUAUAAUCCGACACUUCACGCCUAGCAAUUAAAUUGUUAGCGUUCAAUCAUUCCUUCAUCCCAUUCAAUAUUCUGGCAAUCAAUAGCCGUCGUUUCAUAUUCUUCUGCACACUGUUUUUAUAAGAAUAUCGUACAUACAGGUUGAGCAAUAUAAUUCAUUUUUAGGACGUACACACUGCCACAUUUUUACGAAUAAAGGCUCUUUAUGUAAUAGCAUCAUAACAAUAAGAAUUUUAAUUUAUGAGACAUGAGCACGUAUACAUCAAUAUUGCACGGAGUGAUGAUCACGUAUAUGGUAUAAAUGUCUAAAUACAUAAUUGAAUUAUAAGGCACAAAAACAAAACUUGAAUACUUUUCAACAUAUAUGACAUCUGAUAACAGUCGAAAUACGUAGCCUACUCCAUCGUUAUGAUUACGACGGUUAUAAAGAGUGUCGCUUUGCCUCGUGGUGCAGAUUUUCCCAUCAUUCUGCCAUAUUGCAUUGUUGAUCGAUAUUGCACGUGCAUGUCAAGUACUUUUUGACGUUUCAUUUGCAUUUUCUAUCAUUCUUAGUAAAAAAUUGAGGAUCCCGCGUCUCAUAUUUUGCAUUUUACUACAUAAAAAACUUGAAAAAGACUUUAAAAAGUAAUUUCAGAGUCCACUUGAAACCUCGAAAAACGUAUCAUAUAAAAAGUAGUAAUAGUGCUACUGAAUCUCACGAGGAAUCGGCGACUGUUUGAUGUACUCUAUAUAUUAAGAUUCAUAAAUUAUAUCAUAAAUUAUUAUCUCGAGUCUAAAAUGAUCGAAAAAUUAUUGUAUCAUUUAUGCUAUAUAAUAUUAUAUAUAAUAUAUAUUUAUUACUAUAUUCUCGCGGUCUGUAAACCCACUUGAAUAUUUAAUGACGAAUGUAGGCGUCGGACAAACGCAUAUAUAGCAAUUACGAUGUAAAUAGCAGUACUAUAACUUUCAAUGUAAACGACGCAUUGUAUUCGAAUUAUUCUACAAUAAACACAGUUACGCAGCUGCCUGUAA